UGGAAAUUCUAUCUGAGAUGCACAGAAUUGCAUUUGUCAGCUAAGCAAAAGACAGAAGACAGAUCUCAGGGGGGACAAGGAAAUAUUUCACAGUCUGAUACAUUCAGAGAGCUAUGCAAAUGACAUUCCAAUUCAUUACUAAUCAUGCAAGCAUGGCGACAGCAGUGUGUGUGAGUGAGUGCGUGUGUGUGUGUGUGUGUGUGUGUAAGAGGAGAGAGAGCGAGAGAAAGAGAGGUUGUCAGUAUGUAAGAACAAGCUGUGUGCUUGUAAGCUGAGCUCAGUGAUAAUUCAAAAGUGUCUCCUCCUGGUUAGACUCUCGGUUCUUUGGUUUCCCUCAGCUGUUUUACAAGCUACCCACUCCCUAGUUUUGUUCCUGUUGUUGUUAUUGUUGUUAUUAAUUCCAUUUUCCCUUUCUUUCAGGCUUUUAUGUUCACACAUACUUACGCACACAGAUACAUAUCCUCUCACACACAGCAGGGUGCACUAGAAAUACAGGAGAUGUUUCAUGCAGACAUAGACCAUAGGAAGCGUGACAACAUUAAAGGCCCUUCGUGACAUUCGAUUACACUAGAUUCCAUCGCUUUCAAUACAACUCGAACUUAGCAGCCGUCGCCCUUUCGAUUCAGCUCUAUUUUUGUCAGUGCUGCCCAAUAAAAAAUCCAUGGUUUACAAAUGCUUGUCAGUUACAAAUUUUGACGCAUCGGCAAGUGAGCACCGAUAAGCGACAGGGCAAACACAGAGCGCAGGAGGGAUGAUUAGUGGAGUAGGCAGCGCAGCCUUUAGAGUUCCUUUGUGACAUCAGGUGGGAGUUACUGGUUGCCAGGUGACAAAAGUUGCACCAAGGACACAAAGUGCUCAACGUGAAAAAGUUCAUUGUUAACAUUGCUUCACAAAGCAGCAAAAGUACUUUGCAAAGUACUUUACUCUUCAUAACACAUCACUGAGGAUGCAUUUGUGUGGUCUGUAUACAGGACGUGCAUCUCCCUCUCUCUCUCUUUCCCCCCUCUCUCUCUUUCUCCCGUGUUUCUCUCUGUUAAGAUGAAGCUCAGUGCUAGGUCAGAAUAUGAAUGUUCAUAUUUGUGCAUUUAUAAAUGAAAUCAGGUUCCUAAAGCACCAUAGUAUUUCAGACUGUUCUCAAGCUAAAAUGCAUCACAAAUAUUUUUUGUCCCUCAUCCUUAGUUUUUAAGCUCAGUGUUCGUCCUUCCAUGGCUUUGAUAUAUGUGUGACAUUUGCACAAGGAAAUUUGCCACAGGUUACUGUAUGAAGGUUAUUUAUUGUUACACGAAUAGAUCUGCAAGCCAAUUUGCUGUUUUCUCUAUGCCACAGUGCGUCUUAGAGCAAGUGUUCAAGAGCAUGGCCCAAUUCAAAUUGGGCACAGGGAGGAUUUUAGCAAGUCCCAAACAGCAUUGUGGUUCUGACUACAAAGGAGGUUUUUUUUUCCCCUCCUGAGUGGUUUUAGCACUCUCAUGGUGGCCUGUUCUAUACAAAGGAAAUUGUCUCUCAAAUUGUUGUGUCAUUUUAAAGGGACAAACAAAAAUGAACACAGCCUUACGCAAGAAGUCAUAACCGUCCUUUAUUCCUCCCAGCUUCUGUCCGCCAUCUACCAUUUAACCCUUAAAGGUGUAGGUUUUUGAACGUUCUAAGUUCCGCAACAAUUGAAGGUUCUAAAAUUCUAUGUUGAAUUCAAUGAACCCAGAUAUUCUUUAGAACGUUCAUUUCUCAACAUUCCCGUCACACCAGUGUGACGGUACUCCUUUAAGGGUUAGAUGCAGAUAAAUGCAUAGAGACCGGUUCCCCAUUCUGCGACAGCUCCGAAGGUGACAGAUUGGCAUCACGCUGUGAUGCCCACGAGGCCUGCCGUUGGUGCCCUGCGUGUCAGCUCAUCGUCUUUGUCGUUCACACAGUCGCAGUGUGAUCGCCAUGGUGACUGACCGCCAUCUCCGUGCUCUCGCACCUCUCAUCUGGUUCUCGUUAAGGAGACUGUCCGUCCAUCUGAGUUUGUGUCUUCACAGGACGCCCUGUGAGGCGUUGUCCACCCCAGCGUCACUGUAGGUGCCAUACCGUAAUGAUGUCAAUUCAGUGGUCUUUAUCGGGUAUUUCCAUUGUGUUUGUCUCUGUGAAGGUGUGAAAUGGUAAACAUUUCUAUUUAUUUAUGUAUAUUAUGGCUCAUCAUUUUGUAUUUAUCACAUAAUUUAAAGAGUACAGCCAAUGGGAGUGAUUCACAGAACCUCACCAUGUGUUAUAUAAAGAAAUUUUUUUUUGUUUUGUUUUGUUUUUUUGUAUGGUGAACCGAUAAUUAAGUGCAGAAUUUGUCUUGUGAAUAAAGUGAAAGAUAAAGUGGGGCAGAGAGAAAACGUAAAUAUAUUGCUUUGUUGUGUUUUGCUCUUGUGAUUAUGCAGGAACAUCUUGCAAACUGUUUUCUUUCAUCUAUUUUUUACAGAGUGCAAAUGACAUUCUAUUUAUUACAGUUUUAUUUAGUCUUUAAUUUCUUUUGAUCUCUGUUUCUCUUUCUCCACGUGUGGGAUGUGGGACAGAGACUAGAUACUGUACAUUCUUUGUAUAAAAAGCUUGUAAAACUAAAAAAAAAGCAAAUGCAUAUGUAUGAUGACUAGAGCUCAAUCUGUUGUACAA